AAGGAGUUCACGCUGGAGGACGUGGCCCCGCACAACACGGCGGAGGACUGCUGGAUGGUCAUCCGCGACGAGGGCAUCCGCAAGGUGUACGACGUGACGGCCUUCCUGGACGACCACCCGGGCGGCCCGGAGAUCAUGGUGGACGUGGCCGGCCAGGACGCCACCGACGAGUUCGAGGACAUCGGCCACUCGAACGACGCGCGUGCGCAGCUCAAGCAGUACGAGAUCGGCAAGAUCAAGGGCGACGUCAAGCAGGAGAAGCCCGCCAAGGCCGCGGCCGCCGGCGGCUCCAAGACCUCGGCCAGCGGCCGACAGGACAUCAGCGGCCAGAACGGCCCCCUGUACGCCGUGCUGGCGGCCGUGGUGGCCUUCGCCGCGCUCUACUUCAAGUACCAG